AUGGCAUCAAACUUUCAAUUUAAACUAUCAGGUAUAUUUAUAGAACUAAAGAAUAAAGAAAGUAAAUCGAUAACUAUUCAAUGUGAAUUUGGUAAUUUAAAAAAGUUUGUUAGUAGGUCACCUGUUAGUAGUGUAUCGUCAUAUGACUUUCAAGAUGAAUUUGAAACUAUAUGUUUGUUGAAUAUCGAUCAACUGUCAAACACUAAACUCAAAUUUACAAUCUCUGAGAGUAAUACUGUGUUUGAUAGUAUCGUUGGUCAUGCUCAAAUCGAUCUAUUAACCAUUGCAACUGGUCCCAUUCAACAUUCUUUAGAUGUUGUCAAGAAUAAUAAUAAUAUUGGUAAUAUAACAUUUUGGGCAUUAUUAUCACAAAAGACAGAUGUAAAGAUAACAAUGAAAGAUGUGAUGGUAGAAUUUACAACCAAUAAUAAUAAUAUAUUGAUGGGUGGAAGAGCUGUGGCUGCUGGUGUAUCUUCAUUGUCAUACUUUUUAGUGUACUAUACAGACGAUGAAAAUAGCAAGAAUGAAGUACAACGUUCAAAAACUACAACUUUAAAUGAGGGAUCUUCAUCUUCCUCUUCCGCGUCGACGAUGACCACGCCAACACUUGGAUGGAAGAAAAUGAAUGAUCAUGUAAAUGUAAAGAAUGUGUCACCUUUGACACUAUGUGAAAUGAAUCUAUUGGUUAAAUUAAAAUCUACUCCAACAAGUACAACAAAGUCGGCGGUAGCGGCGGCAUCUGCAAUGGCACGUGAAGUAACUAUUGGAGAAUGUGAACUACCGCUUUCUGUACCUCUAUCAUUGGCAAAUCUAAAACGAUCGUCUAAAGAUUCAGCCACUGGUAAUGUAAGCGUACAGGUACGUGAACCAAUUACAAAGACUGGGUUACAUAUUGGCACCGUUUCAAUGACCGUUAUGAUUGAAAAUGUACCCAUCAUUGCUCAACAAAUUAGAAAUCUAAAUCGUGACAAGAAUAAUUCAAAUCCAUAUGCUGGAGUCAAUACGACAAGUACGAGUACAAAUACGACAAGUACUCGGGUUAGUGUUGGAAAGGAAAAGGUAAUUCCUCAAUUACUUAGAUUACCAUCAUCACAAUCAUUGGAGAAUUUAGCAUCACUUCUCAUUGGUGGAGGGGGUGCUACUAUACAUAUCAAUCCAAAUCAAUUACCACAAUGGAAAGAUGUACAAGGUGAUGAACAAGAUGAUGAUCAAGAACAACAAGAUACUCAACAACAACAAGAAAAGAAACCAACAAAGAAAAAGAAUUUUUUAAAACAAAAAUUAUUUAAAUCACCAAAGAAUAAUCAACAUCAUCAUCAUUUAGAGAGACAAGUUAGUGAAAAGAAUUUAUUUGAAAUUGUUAAAGCUGCAAGUAACAAUAUUCAAUUAUUCAAACAUGAAAAAUCAACAUUGGAUAAACAAUUUACACUUGAUCAUCCGAUUCACCCAACUCAACCAUCAGCCAAAAGAUCAACCUCUAAUAGUGUGGUCGAUAAUGAUGAUAAAUCGAUUGUAUUGAUAAAAAAUGAGCCAUUAAAUAAUAUAAAGGCAUAUGGAAUUAUUAGAGCUAUUUUAUGUUUAUAUUCAAACAAUACACCAAAGAAUGGAAUGAUGAUUGAUGAAAAGACAAUUGGACCAUGUUUACGGGACUCAUUUGGAAUUGGAGAGGAACAAUAUGUGGAAGUGUCAAAAAAGAUAUUGGAAUGUUCACCAAAACAAAUUACAGAGGCAGAGUUGUUGUUGCGGUAUGCUUGGAAGGAUAACCACCCCAUUUACAAGAGUGAAGGGUUCCGUGAUCCAACAAGUCACGAAAAAUGGAGACAAAUUGAAAUCAAUGAUAUUACAUCACUGUUGAAAGAAAAUUAUGCUGGUGAAAUUGGUGGGACAAUGACAACAAAAAAACAAUUGGAAGAAUCACCUCCAUCACAACAUCCAAGUGUAAAAGAUAUAUUUGGAUCGACACUUAAAAAGCAUACACUCAAUACUGCACCAAAAAAGAAAAAGGAUGGUACUUUGGCAUUGGCAGGUACCGAGAGUGACAUUCAUAUGGGAUACAAAGAAUUGGUUAAAGCAUUUGUACAGUAUACUCUGGGAGAACGUUACAAUAACCAUUGUAACAGUUUUCUUCCAAUGAAAGAAUCAAUCAUCCCAUCGAAACCAGAUCACAUUCAACUCAACAUACAACCAGAGUUGGCAUGGAUACUUAAAGAGUAUUGUCUGCUUUAUGGUAUUCGUGAUUUCUAUAGACAUUUGGUUGUUUUUGGUCUGUUGGUGAAACGAUUCGAUGAUACACCACAACAACUCAAUCUUCUCUAUAGUUGUUUUAUAAAGUUGGUAGAGACUAGGAAAACCAGUACCAAGAUGAUCACAAUGAAUGAAGAGAGAAAGUUUUAUAAAUUGUGUACUGCAUUGGUUGAACAACUCAAACAUCGUCUUUCCAACUAUCGUCUCUGUUACCGUGUUACAACCGACACUAACAUUCGUGCACAUAAACAACAAAGUAGUACCGGUCAAUUAAGUACUGUACUCAGACUAUUAGAUAAAAUCAUCAAAUCUCUAGAAUGGCAAGAUAGUUCAAUGCACUCUAUUAUUUCGGCAAGUUCAAUCGAUUCAAAUGAAAAAGAUUAUAAAACUCAUCGUUCCAAAUUUCAAGUCAUCCUUCAAUCCACCAAUCCUUUUUAUCAACAAGAAAAUUGUCUAGAAAUUUUCACUCUCUCCUUACAAGUUGCCGAUAUUUGUAAAUGGUUAAAAGAUGAUUUUAUUCAUUUUAAUUCAAUCUUUAAUAUGUAUCAAGGUAAAGAUGAAAUAUCAAUUUCACAUAUAGAAACAGUGAUUGAAACAUUUUCAAAAUUUAUUAGAUCAGAUUUAUCAAUCAUUUCAAACAAAUUUAUAAAUGUUGAUGUUAGAAAAAAUAUUAAAAUGGAAUCACCGGCUUGGUUGACUGGUAUACUUGUUGAAUUGGUUCCAAAUUUAAUUGAAUUUAAUAAUUUAACUUUUCAAUAUUGUAAAAAAAAAACAAUUCCACUUGAUCAAAAUUUAACAUUUUUUUGUGGUAGUUUUGUAUUAAAUUCUAUCAAUUUAUUGGAAAGAUAUAUUGAUUCAAUUAUGAGUAAACAAGAAUGGAAAGCAAAUGGAAAAGGAAUACUUCAUACAGCUGCGCCCAUUGAUUUAUUUAGUUAUAUUUGGCAAUGUUUUAAAUCAAUUCAAAUUGUUGAAGAUAAAAUGGGAUUUCCAAGUUUAUUAUUAAGAUCUUUUGGUGCUCAAUUAGAUAAAACAUUUUAUUUAUUUAUAAAAGGUUUGAGAUUAGAAUUAUUUUCAGAUUUAUCAAAAGAUCAUCAAUCAUUUUUAAUCAAUUCAAUUGAAGGAAAAGGAACCAAAAAAAUGAAUCAACUUUUAAAAGACAUGUCAAUGAACAAACCAAUCAUUCCAAAUCAAUCGAGAACAACUACAUUUAUCACUGAAAAGAUGUGUCUUCAAUUAAAUGAUAUUGAAGAAUCUAGAUGUCUAUUGGAUCAAUUUGAUUCUGAAAAUAAUAAUUUAUUUGGUGAUACAUUAUUAGAUGUAUUUAAAUAUUUAAAAUAUCAUUGGAGAUGUUUAAUUUGUUUUUUUGUUUAUAAAAUGGAUUAUCAAUUAAGACCAUUAGUUUGGAAUAUAGCAUUUGGAAGAGAUAAUACAAAGGGUGAUAUUGAUAAUUUGAUUGAAUUUUUAGAUAGACAUUUAAAAGUUGCCUAUUUAAAUCUUUAUCCAAGAUUAUUUAGUAAAUUAUUAAAAUAUUUAUUUAAAAUGAUUAUGUUUAAUUUUAUAGAAAUAUUAUUACCAAAAUCAUAUGAUAAAAAGAUUUGGACAUUAAAUACAAUUACCAAUUUAGAAUUAUUGGUAGAGAGUUUAAUUGGAAUAUUUCAUGUAGGAAAUGAAGGUUUAUCAAUCAAGACGUUGAGAAAGGAAAUGAGAAGAGUUGUAUCAAUCAUGGAACUAUUCUCAUUUAGUGUAGAACAACUAAAGAUUUAUUAUCGUAUGCUUAUAGAGUCUCAUAUUUUAAUGGAUAUUCAACCUUCACAUUCUGUCAAUGAUAUCAUAAAGGUUAUGGAAUAUUUUGAAAUCCCUCUUAAAAAAAUGAAAUUACCAAAACAUACAACUGUAAUUGUAAAAUAA